UCCCUUUUCUCUCUUUUUUUUUUUUUUUUCUUCUGUUUUUGGGCCGAGUUCGCGGUCGUCCAAGCCAGUCGCCGCUCUCUUUUUCUCUCAACGUCGCAAUAUUUGCUCGAAUACUUCGUUAAACCCGAACAACAAUUCCACGCAACGAUAUUUCUCCCCGCAAUAUUUAAGAAAGAUACCCCAGCUCCCAUUUACUGCAUUCCAACACUGCUGCAUUGGUAUUUAUCUACAAAGGCCGGAUAUCUCGGUUCUGCACACACCUCCUCUCCGCAGCCAUGUCGAUAUGCAACAGCAUAACCCGCCAGUUGCGAAUCUCCGCAUCACAUUUCCUCAAGGACGGCAGACCCCUCGUUCGGCAGUCAUCAACAUGCUGGAGUGCCUCUAAGAUCUCAGCUUCAAGGCCUUUCAGUAGCAAAGACCAUGGACACUCAGUAUACCUCAGGUCGCCGAAUCUACGAAGCGCCGGAUUAAAUGCACAAUGUUCGGAAAAUGCUAUCCGGGCAAGACGGAGAUUUUCGGCUACCGCGCUUGCAUCGCAUGGGCAUAUUGAACCUCCCAAACCAGGGGAAGAGCUCAAUGUGACGUUCAUAGACAAGGACGGCGAGAAGUACCAUUUCCAGGUGGCCAAGGGCGACAACUUGCUGGAUAUUGCCCAAGCAAAUGAUUUAGAGAUGGAAGGUGCCUGCGGUGGAUCAUGCGCAUGCUCAACCUGCCAUGUCAUCGUGGAAGAUCCCGACAUGUACGAUAAGAUGGAGGAGCCUGACGACGACGAGAAUGACAUGCUCGACCUUGCCUUUGGCUUGACCGAGACCUCGCGGCUGGGGUGCCAGGUGAAAAUGAGCAAGGAGCUGGAUGGCGUCGUUGUACGACUGCCAAGCAUGACACGGAAUUUGCAGGCAAGCGAUUUUGAGCAGAAAUAGUAUUUGAGGGGUUUAUGCGAAUUUCGCCUGGGAACAGCGUUCAUACAUACAUACAUAUGUAUGUAUUUCUACUGAAUCCUUGGGGGGACGUUCACUUUUCCAAUUGUUGAUUAAAUAGUGCUAUUAUGGCGCCCGUGGCAAACCAUCUCCGCUGAGCAGGACCCAAGUAGGUCAUGGUGGAAUUUCUUUACUUUGCUUUUUGUAUAUUGAUCGAUCUUCGCCCGGUGUGUAUAGUCGCAUUUGCGACAUUUGUAUUAUAUAUUCCCCCAAUAGACAAGCACACAACAAAACAUUUCUCCAGAGUGAAUGCAUUAAAAUCUACAAAAAUAUAUUCCAAAGAACGCCCAUUUUAAUAUCCGCACAGUCAAAAUAGAAA